AUGAGCACCCUCCCGUCCAGCAGCAGCACCUUCAGCAGCGGCGCGCGGCCACAGCCGCGCCGGCAGCAGCGCGCCGCCCGCGCGCCCCGCCGCGCCGCUGCCGCCGCCCCCCGAGCUGCGCUCUGGACGCCGCCGAGCCGCGGCGCCGGCGGCGCGCCGCGGGAGCCGCAGCAGGGCUGGACCAACGGCGUCAGCGUGGCGCCGAUCCAGGCCAACGGGCAGCCGAUCAUGGCGCCGCGGACGGCCGAGAUGGCGGGCGACCCCUUUGGCCUGCUGCUGCGCCAGCGAAUCGUGUUUUUGGGCGGCGAGGUCGACGACUUUGGGGCGGACGCCAUUGUGAGCCAGCUGCUGCUGCUGGACCAGCAGGACGCGACUAAGGACAUCAAGCUGUUCAUCAACUCGCCCG